AUGGCUCGCGUCAAGCGGACAGCGCUGCUGUGGCUGCUGCUCGCCAGCAGCUGUCUUUUCCUGCUCUUUCAGCUCCUCCACUACCGGAAAUACGACAGCAAGGUAAGGCGCCCGUUCGGAAUCAUUUACAGGCGCACGCCGGGUCACGUGACUGCCAGCGACCUCCAAUGGCAAACCGUCAAGACGUUCCUGCAUCUGGUGCGGCGUUUCCGGCUCCCGCUCUUCCUUGCCGACCCUUUCGCGCUCGGGCUCCUGACGGCGGAUGGCCAGCGGUCGUCGCCCGAGUCCGGCUGCGCCAUCCUGUGUCGCGGCAGAGCCGUCACCGCGUUCGGGCUGCUGGCCGAUGCGUGGACGUACAACACCGCCUUCCUGUCGGCUGCCGAGCAGAAAGGCUUCGAGGCACUGGAGCUGCGGGGCGACGACCCCCGAUUGGCCGGCUUGGACCUACUGUCCGGAGAGGACGUCCCCUUGCAUCUUCUGCUUCGCCUCCGCGGCCACGUCAUCCAGGUGGUUUUCCUGUACAAGCGUAGCGGCAACUACCUGUGGCAUGGACCAAUGCGCCUCAAAGCCGACACGGAUCGCGAUUUCGCACCCUUCGCAACGAUGGACUUCGGACGCUACGCCGGCGCCUACAACAGGCCGCGGCUGGUACUGACGGUGGUGGACGGCUUGGAUGUGGCAGUCCCCCGGAACAUCUCGGGCUUCUUAGCUGAACGUGGACGCGCGCGCUUCCUGGAGUGCCGCUACCGGGACGCCCGGCGCUUCCUGCAGCUCUACCCGGACGACAACACUCCUCAGGCGCUGGAUUUUGGGAACAAAGCCAAGUCUUUGCUUCGGUUGGCCGCGGAGACCCUGGCCCGCCUGCACGUCCCCUUCUGGAUCAGCAGCGGAACCUGCCUGGGCUGGUUCAGGCAGUGCAGCUUCAUCGCGUACAGCCGCGACGUGGACAUCGGAAUUUUCAUCGACGACUUCCGCCCCGACAUCAUCUCGGCCUUUCAGGAGGCCGGCCUUUCGCUCAAGCACAAGUUUGGAAAGGUGGAGGAUAGCCUGGAGUUGUCCUUUGUGAGGGACGGCGUCAAACUGGACAUCUUCUUCUUCUACCGGGACGGUGAUCUGACCUGGAACGGGGGCACGCAGGCCAAGAGUGGCCGGAAGUUCAAGUACUGGUUCCCCGGAUUUUCGCUGUGCUGGGCCGAGCUGGCGGAGGUCCGAGUGGGAGUCCCUUGCGAGACCCUGGACUACGUGACGGCCAAUUACGGAGAAGCGUGGAGCGUCCCGCAGAGGACGUGGGACUGGAAGACCUCACCCAGUAACGUACAAGAAAACGGAGUGUGGCCUCCCUCCCAGUGGGAGGAGCUCAUUCAAGUCUACUGA